UUAGGCGGGGCUUAGCGAAGUGUCAAUUGUGAUGUGUAAACAAGAACGUAUUUUUAUUUAUUUAUACGUUCCAUUUCAUUGUGAGGUCAUUGUUGUUGAGUAUUACCUGGUUAUUUUCCCUUUUCCAAGGAGUUCGACGAGAGUCGAUGCUUUUACCCCAGGAGUUUGGUGCUGAAGAUGGAGCAAAAUGCCGACGUCAAAGAAAGUGGAAGCGGAUAUUUUAGAUUCAUCAUUCAAAAGGGAGCAAGUCAGAUAGCGCUCCGAAGAUUCUCUGACUGGGACGCUGUUGGGAGAGCAGCAGCAACAGCGGCGGGUUUGAAUGUGAGAAAAGAUUCCGAAUUCUACGAUUACAUUGCCAACAUUACUGAAAAAACACUGUUCGAUGGUAUGAUUAUGGUCACGAUUAUCAUCAACGCUCUGUUCAUGGCUUUGGAGACGGACUAUGAUAUGAAAUACAAACUUUUUGGAUUCUUUGCGAUUGCAGACGAAUUCUUCAUGGCCAUUUACACCAUGGAGUUCUUGAUGAAGGUGUACGUUAACCCAGGGGUUUACUGGAAAAAUGGCUACAAUGUUUUCGAUGCUAUUAUUUUGGUCAUUUCAUUCGUUCCCAUGUUCGCUGAUGGAGGGGACUCCAGUGCAAUGGGGACCAUGCGCAUCGUCCGCGCUUUUCGCUCUUUGCGCGUGCUGAAGACUGUGUCGUUCAUUCGGGGCCUGCAGGCCUUGGUUGUAGCUCUAUUCAAGACCAUGAAGAGUGUGGUGUAUGUCCUGGGCCUGAUGUUUCUCCUGAUGUUCAUCUUUGCCAUCAUUGGAUAUUACUACUUUGGAGACCCUAACACUGGAGACCCUGAGAACUGGGGAGACCUGGGCUGUGCGCUCUUCACCCUGUUCAGUUUAGUGACAGUGGAUGGUUGGACUGAUUUGCAGCAGAACCUUGACGACCUGGGGAUGAACUCCAGCCGCAUCUUCACCAUCGUCUUCAUCCUCAUCGGCUACUUCAUCUUCUUCAACAUGUUCAUCGGCGUGGUCAUCAUGGAGAUUCAGCAUGCAACGAAGCGCUUUGAGAAUGAGGUACAAAGUGAACGGGAGGCUUCGCUGACCCAGAAGAAACACGCCAUCAUCCAGAGACAGAAGAACGAGAUCAGGAGUCUGAUCCAGAGCCAGACAGGCAACUUCACCAAGCUCGUGCAACAGUUCAACAAGUCUCUGCGUCACACUGAUUACACUGUGAUGGAGGACCUGUGUACCAGCAUGUCCUUCAUAGACAUCUACCUGACCACCCUGGAUCACCAGGACACCACUGUCAACAAGCUGCAGCAGCUGUACGCUGAGGCCAUUCUGAUUCUGAGUGACUUACUGGAAGAAGACUUGAUUGAAAUGGAACAGAAAGCACAGAGAGAGAGGAACAUCAAAAUGAGGGCGUAACCGGCACAGGAACAGGGAUCCGACUGAGAGCUGAAAUCCUCGUUCAUUUGCAUACUGGUAUUCAAAUUAAAAAAAGAGGACAUUUGUUGGCACGUUUUAUAAAGCUGUCUGUCAGGUCUUUGUUGUGGGUUGGCUAUGUUGAUGUCCAGUCCAUUCCAUUGGCCUAGAGUUGGCAGAGAAUGGUCUUCAAAAUGUCUCCAGGAUCCAUCCCAAAUGGCACUCUAUUCCCUCGAUAGUGCGCUACUUUUUUUUGACCAGAGCCCCAAGGACCCUGUUUAAAUAAGUGCACUAAGUAGGGAAUGGGUUCCAUUUAGGAUGCAGACCAGGCUGUCAGCCAGGCAGGGAGAGUCCAGUCCAGAUGGCCCACAUAGUCAUGUCUGUACUCAGGUUUGGGGCCACUGUGAGGUAGGCUACUAUCUGUAGAAUCCGGAGGCCCACGUAACCCCUCUGUCUACUGGUGAACAGCCACAGACCGGCACAACACGUCAUCUGUUACACGGGGACUUUAUAUGGAGUUCUGGAUGAUUCAUUCUCCAAGUCAAUGCGUGGGUCAUGAACUAUCUUCUCACUAGUUGCAAACCUGGUUGGUACAAGUACAGACUGUCAUUGCAUUUCGCGCUGUUUGGAGUAGUUAGACACUCUCGCUGUAAGAUAUGUUCGGAGGGAAGUAGACUCACCAGUAAUGACUUUCGUGUAUGUAUAGAAAUAAAUGUUUGAAUAUUUACAGGCUAUGAAAUGAAACCUUAUAUCAUCUGCUCUUCUAUGAGAUACAAAGACUGGGGUGUGGGCUAAUUGGAAAAUAUAUGAUUGUUUUUUGACAGUCUUUUGUUUUUAUUAUGAUGUCAUGAACAACGUAACCAUAUGACGAUAGAGCCAGCCAAAUCCCCACGGGUGUAUGAAACUCCCAUUGACAUCAAUGCUUGGUUUACACGCUUUGAGUUAGGAAAACGUUUGUCAAGGGUUAGGCCCAUGGGUGUUAUCUGAUCGUCAAACACUUGAUCAGCCCUUAGCAAACUCUGCCAAUAUGUAAUUUAAGGUAUCUUGAUUUAUUUG